AUGUGUGAGACGGAGAGUUGGAAGGUCGGUGUAAAUGUAAACAAUCUCCAGUGGCAGAAACGGCACCGCGGGAGAGUUGACGAGAAGGCCAAAAGCCGAUGGUCAGAAAUACAAGUCCGGGUCUUCUGGACCCAAGACAGCCUGCAGCUUGCUAACCAACGUCUCGGAGGUAUUCAGCUUCUCAUCUCGACGAUUCGACGAUUCGAUGCGGGAGCGCAGUGGGAUCUGCGCUAA